AUGAAAGCCCUCUCAUUUAUCGUGACUGCGGUCCUUCUGGGCCUCAGUGGUGCAUCUUCGAACUCCAGCCAGGGGCUGUUGAAGUCAGAUGGUGUGGCCCUGGGAGACUGGGACUCCGCUUACCAGAAGGCCUCUUCCUUCGUCGCAGGCCUGACCACUGAUCAAAAGCUGGCUUUGAUCACGGGCAGCAGCGUCAAUUCCACUAAUAGCAGCUUUAGUGCCCUUACUUUCCUUGAUGGUGACAUGGGUCUACAGGACUUCUUCUAUGUCUCCGCUUUCAGCUUGUCUUCAGCGGUUGCCAUGACCUGGGACCGCGACGCCAUCUACGCACAGGGCAAAGCAGUCGGCUCUGAGUUUUACAAAAAGGGAAUCCAAGUGGUCGCUGGCCCUACUUCUCAGCCAUUGGGACGAUCGCCCUGGGGUGGCCGUAACGUUGAGGGCUUUGGUCCCGACCCUUAUCUCAAUGGAUUAGCUACUGGGUUAACAACAAGGGCCUACGUCGACGCUGGUGUUAUCCCUGGUGCUAAGCACUUCCUCCUGUAUGAACAAGAAACCAACCGGACCAGUACUGGCGGCGGCGGCGGCGGUAUGCCCUCCAGUGGUGGAAUGGGACCUGGAUCGUCGAACACUUCAUCCUUGGGUGCCCGGCCUACAGGAUCAAUGAACCGUCGUGCUGCCAGUUCUGGCUCCGAGUCGGACAGUGGCUCGGCACCUUACUCCUCCAAUGCCGACGAUAAGACCCUGCAUGAGACUUAUCUUUGGCCUUUCUAUGACUCCGUCAAGCAUGGCUUGGGUGCUGUGAUGUGUGCAAUGACUAAAGUCAAUGGCACUAUGAGUUGCGAGAACUCUGAUUUAUUGAUGAAGCAUCUGAAGACUGAGCUUGGCUUUCCGGGUUUGGUAUGGCCCGAUAUGUUUGCCCAGAACAGUGCUUUGGAGUCUGCCGUCGGCGGCGAGGACUACGGUUCCAGUAGCAUUUGGAGCACCUCCACCAUGGAAAAGCUGCUAUCCAAUGGCUCCCUCAGUGAGGCCCGCUUGGAUGACAUGGCUAUCCGCAAUCUGAUGGGCUACUACUAUGUAAACCUGGACAAUGGGCUCCAACCGGAGGAGCAAAGCGAAGAUGCGUACGUGUACGUGAGAGGCAACCACUCUAAGCUGAUUCGGGAGAACGGGGCGAAGUCGAUGGCCCUGUUGAAGAACAAGAAUGCUCUGCCAUUGAAGAAUCCUCGUGUGAUGGGUGUGUUUGGUGCUCACGCUGGCCCUGUCAUGGGAGGGCCAAACAUGGCCCUGGAUGUCGAGGGUUCCGGACCGACAUACCAAGGUCAUUUGGCCACUGGCACUGGGUCUGGCCAGGCCUCCUAUCCUUACCUAGUGACACCUUAUGUUUCACUGACUAACAAGGCCAUUGAGGAUGGUACCAUGAUACGGUGGGUGCUUAAUGAUACGUAUUCCUCUUCGAGCACUUCCGGCUUGAUCUCAGAGGGAACUGACAGCACCGCUGUGGACCCCUCGUUUACCAACUAUGCCACGAACUCUGAUGUCUGCCUCGUCUUUCUGAAUGCUCUGUCUGGAGAAGGCGCUGAUCGCACCGAGCUGUACAAUGAUGACCAAGAUACCAUGGUCAACACCGUCGCCGAUAACUGCAACAACACAAUCGUCAUCAUCAACACUGUCGGCCCGCGCCUGAUGGACCAUUGGAUCGAACAUGACAACGUUACUGCUGUCCUCUACGGAUCCCUCUUAGGCCAGGAGUCUGGUAACUCCAUUGUCGACGUUCUCUAUGGAGACGUGAACCCUUCUGGCCGCCUCAUUCACACGAUCGCCAAAAACGAAAGUGACUACAACGUCAAAAUCUGCUACACGGCGCAGUGUGACUUCACCGAAGGUGUCUAUCUCGACUACCGUUACUUCGACGCCCACAACAUCACCCCUAGAUACCCCUUCGGUCACGGUCUCUCCUACACUACCUUCUCCUACUCCGACUUGAACAUCGAGAAGCCUGCCACACUUUCCAAGUACCCCACUGGUGAGAAAGCUGUCGGAGGUAACAGCGACCUCUGGGAUAUUGUGGGAAGCGUCUCCGUGAAGGUCGCCAACACCGGCUCGCUCGACGGCGCCGAAGUCCCCCAGCUCUACCUCGGGUUCCCCACUGCUGCGCAGCAACCCGUUCGCCAACUCCGUGGCUUUGAACGCGUCGAGAUCGCUUCCGGCAAGCAAAGCCAGGUUACCUUCAAGCUGCGCCGCCGUGAUAUCUCCUACUGGGAUGUCCCGGCCCAGCAGUGGCUCGUUGCUUCGGGUGACUACAAGGUCCACGUGGGUGCAAGCUCUCGGGAUCUGAAGCUGAAUGGCACUUUUACUGUCCAGACUUCCUCUUAGAUGUAAACUAGACAUAGC